AGGCAACGUGACAUUAUCGGGAAACACGCUGCGAGUCCGGCUCAGAUAAAAAAGCGCUUCUUUGAGUCUUCGUUUCACACCUUCAAAACGUUUUUCAAACCUCUCGAAUUUUCGUAGAGCGUGCGCUAUGGCGGGGAUGCAGCGGCAGCCAUGGGAGAAGCUUGAGGGGAAGGUGGUCAUGGUCACUGGUGCGUCCUCUGGUAUCGGACGUGAGCUGUGUCUCGACCUCACCAGAGCUGGUUGCCUCAUCGUUGCGGCUGCCCGUCGAACUGAUCGCCUCCGUUCACUCUGUGACCAGAUAAACGGUGCUGAAUCGGCGGAGGGCGAUCGGGAGACGAAGGCCGUCAGAUCGGUGGCCGUGGAGCUUGAUUUGUGUGGUAAGAGCACCGAGAUCGAGGCUGCUGUUCAAAAGGCCUGGGAUGCCUUUGGCCGUAUUGAUGCCCUUGUUAAUAACGCUGGGAUUAGAGGUUGGGUGUAUUCCCCACUAGAUUGGAGUGAAGAAGACUGGAAUUCCAACAUCAAAACCAAUCUAACUGGACUAUGGUUGGUAUCCAAACAUGUCUGCACACGGAUGCGGGAUGCAAAACAAAAAGGUUCAGUGAUCAAUAUCUCAUCCAUUGCCGCUCUUGAUCGUGGCCAGGGGCCUGGAGCACUUGCAUACUGUGCAUCAAAAGCAGGAGUCAACAUGGUCACCAAGGUCAUGGCUUUGGAACUUGGGGUGUAUAACAUCCGAGUGAACGCCUUAGCACCAGGAUUAUUCAAAUCAGAGAUCACACAAGGGCUGAUGAGAAAAGAAUGGGUGAACAAAGUGGCCGAGAAGAUUGUUCCAUUAAAGACUUUUGGCACAUCUGAUCCUGCACUGACAAGGGUAGUUCGCUACUUGAUUCAUGACUUGUCGGAGUAUGUCACUGGCAAUAUCUUCAUUGUAGAUGCAGGAGCCACCCUCCCUGGUUUUCCUCUCUUCUCUUCCCUCUGAAUUAAUUGUCUCCAGCUUCAUCCAUAUAUAUAUAUAUAUAUAUAUGUAUGUUUAGGUGUCUGAUUUUGAUUACAUAUAUAUAUAUAUAUAUAUCUAGCAGUGUGUUUGCUUCUGAA